ACAACAUCGGCACGCGUCCGAGAGAACCACGGAGGCAGCAGUUCCCCUCUCCCCUCUCUCCCUCUCUCGCACGCUUCGUCGAGAAAGAGUCGAGGCGCAUCAACGCAGGCGAAACGAGCAAGCCUGGCAAAAAAGCGAAAAACGCCCCUUUCUCUCACCGGCAACCAUGGACGUUGAUCCUCGUCGAUACGAACACGUCACUAUUAACGAGGAUGACAUACACGAUGUUGUUCUUUCAUAUCUUGUGCAUAAUUGCUUCAAAGAAACUGUUGAAUCACUCACCACCUGUACGGGGAUGAAGCAGCCAGCUGGUUGUCUUGAGGACAUGGAAAAAAGAAAAAGAAUUUUUCACUUUGCUUUGGAGGGUAAUGCUCUCAAGGCCAUCGAUCUGACUGAGGAGCUGGCUCCUGACCUGUUGGAGAAAAAUUCGGACUUGCAUUUCGAUCUUCUAUCCCUUCAUUUUGUCAAGCUUGUCUGCUCCAGGAGAUGCACAGAAGCUCUUGAGUUUGCUCAGUCCAAAUUGGCUCCUUUCGGGAAGGAAUAUGUUGGAAAGCUAGAAGACUUCAUGGCUUUGCUUGCUUAUGAGGAGCCUGAAAAAUCACCAAUGUUUCAUCUUCUCAGCCUGGACUACAGGCAGCUUGUUGCUGAUAGCUUAAAUCGAGCAAUCCUUGCACAUGCAAACCAGCCAAGUCACUCUGCGCUGGAAAGGCUGAUACAACAGAUGAUGGUGGUUAGGCAACUUUUAAGUCAAGAGCAUGGCAAGGAUACGUUUCUGCCAUUUUCUUUGAGGGAUUUUUUGAAAAGCUAGUGGCAAUGCCUUCAGAGCACGGCGGAUGUAGUUAAGAUUAUUUUGCAGAUUUUCCACACUGAAAUUUAUGAAGGGUCUGGUUCAUGAUGGAAAAGAGUUCUCUUUUCUUGCCUGUUACAUCUGAAAAGUGGCUGAGCAUGGUGUAUUAGCGAGCUCUUCCUGCAUUUACCAAGUUAUUCUUCUCUUGGUUGGCUGCGAGGGAUGGUUCUCAAAGUUAUGCCAAAGUCCAUGUCUUCAUCAGUGGUUGGUUGAUCAGUUUGUGUACAGUGUGGUAGCUUACCUGAAUUAAGACCCUUGGAUUACAAGCUCUUGUCUUCGCUCACACUGGUUUGCACCAUGAAUCUCUGCUUUACACUUCAAGUCACAAGUCGCAACCAUCUCUUGGUGCUAUGAUAGAGGGAAACACAUUAAAAGGAGAAAGAAAGCUCCCUGAUAUCUUCUUUGCUGCCGGGGGAGCUUUUGUGUUUGGUAUGACUCAGAUUGGCCAGGGUCAUCCAAUAUUCAGUAAACAUGUACUUUCUGCUUUUUCUAGUGACCAUAAGCAGUCAUGUGAUCUUCCCUGGUGUAAAACUUCUGGAAUAUUGAUUUAUUUGUUAGAUUUUGCUGCUUGUGCAUGAUUAAACCUUCUUGCUCAUUUGUUCAUUAGACUUUUAAACCUUCUGCAUGGGAUGAUAAUUUUCACUUGAUUUGUCGUAUUUUGUUUGUGGUAAUUCAAGCAUUCUUCAUUAUUAGGAUUAGGCAUUCCUUGAA